CCCGUACAACGUCACCUCACACACACACAUAUGCAGGCGCACGAAGAAAACAAUAACAAACGAAGCAGCCAAACAAAAAACCGAAAAUUCGUCAUCAAGCGCUGGAGUCUUGGCCCCAAAGAUGGCUACCAAUCCGACGCAGACCCUCCACCAGGCGAUCCAGGCCAAGUACGGCCUCCAGGACGCCAGCGACGCGUCCCCAGGGGGCAGCACUAGCGGCACGCCCCCCCAAGCGACGCCCAGAUUUGUUAUUCCGCAGCUGAAAAUUCCGCAGCUGCGGCUGCAGGCGGCCACCGCGGAUGCGGCCGCCCAGCGGGAGUCCCGUCUGGCGGCGGACGCCCACAACCAGCUGCUGCUCAACGAGAUCCAGCUGAGGCGACGCCAGCGCUCGGAGAGCGAAAACCAGGUGUUGCUAUCGACGACGGGCACAGGAUUCGUGAUUCCCCAGUUGGCAGCGACGACGACGACGCCCGGGAAGCCCCUGAACAUACCGCUCCUGUCCCGGCUGGAGCGCGGUGUGGACCAGCUGCGGAUACGGGACGAUGGAGGCGACGGGGCCACUGCUUCCCAGGCCACGGCCACGCCAGCACCACUCAUCGACCUGUCGUCCACGGUGAUAGCUGCCAGCAAGGACGCACCGCCCAAGGAGUCGGCGAGCAAGGCGCGCCAGCUGACCAGCCGGGAGAACUUUGACAUACCCUUCAUUGCCUGCGAUCGUGGCAGGAGGAGCACGCCCACCGGAGGUCUGUUGGCCACCCGGCGGCGGUCCCUCAACGCCGAGGACGAGGAGGCGGCCGAGGACGAGCUGGCCAACCAGGCGCCUGCGAAUACCAACUACCCGGAGCAUCCGGGUCCCAUUGGCCAGAUGCUGGACGCGGUGGUGGGCUACCCGGAGCCGAGGAGGCCCCGCCUGGAGUACGCCGUCACCCGGCUGGAGCGGCAGCAUCUGAGGAUGUGCCAGCGGGAGGAAUACGGCAGCCAGGUCAAGAGAUUCCGCUUCAAUACUCCCUCGCCGGAUGAGCUCGUGAAGCAGGCGCUGCAGAAGUCCUGGCGCGUCUCCCGCACUUGACUCCAACGCCCGUCGCUUCCUUUAUCCUUUAAUUGACAAUUACCGAAAAGUAAAAUCAAAACAAAUCGAUUAAGUUUAAAAUGCUAAGUCCUUCACUUGGCAGGACGACCCCUGAAACCUAAGUUUACCAAAAUUAUAAAUUACAUUGCAAUUAUUUUUUUAGUUGACCUUUCCUGACCCGAUUAAAAGGUUAAUUUCUAUUAAGUUUAUGAUUUUCGUUGCUUGUUUGCCAGACGUAAUGGUCAAGAGUAGUAUUAAAAAAAUACACUUUUUUUAAUCUUAAAAUAAAUUAAAUAAAAUAUCAAAAGCGGUUUUGAAAGAA